AUGGGUCCCGACCGCACGUACGGCAAUGCAUGGCGGCCGCUACACAGGCUGAUCGUCAGCGCAUCCCUGAAGACAAUAGACCCCGCAGUUGCCGAGGAAGCGGCCGUGGCCCUCGCACUCGCACAGCCGAGCGUGGACACCGUGGUCACUGACUCGAAGACAGCCUACGGAAGCUUCCGCAGGGGGGUAAUCUCAUCCGCGGCCCGAGCCAUUUUAUCCAAGUGCAAGCCUCCGGGAAGAGCCGUAGAGCUCGUGUGGGUCCCGGCUCACUCGCAGGUAGCAGGCAACACCAUUGCCGACUAUCAUGCCCGAAUUCUGGCACGCCGUCAUGGUUGGCUACCCCUCGCCGCCGCCUUCGCCUUCGCACUCAUAGCAGUGUGCGCUCGAGCCGGCAGUGGUGCGAGCGGUGCCUCCUCCUCCUCGGUUAAGUCUUCGGUUAGGUCUCCUACCGCCAGCAGUAGCGAGGGUCGUGAUGCAACGACGGGUCACCCUCGGGGCUACUACGCCUUCCAAAAGGCCCGGAGGCCGCAGGACCGGCCGCCGAGGGUCCGCAAGCCGCCCUACCACAGGGCAAACGUGCACUGUCCCGAGCGCGUGGUGUAUGGCCGGUUCUCGCCUCGAGACACCCUGUGCGGAGACCUCAACAAGGGCUUCAUCCCGCUCAACCCCAUGAGUCAGAGGCCGCAGGGGGAACCGUACCCUUUUGAGAUCAUCAAGAAGAAGACACUGGAGUUUCUGUCGGGCACACUGCCGCUACUUCGCAAGGACCCCAACCUGCCCAAGGUGGCCAGGUUCGCCGGCAGGCCACCGCCAGGGUUCCCGGGAAACCUGUUCGCCGUGCCACCGGGACACGUGUUCGAAUACUACCACAGGCGGCGAGGUCGAAGGUCGUUGGCGGCUUUCAACUCCACCCGAAAGACCGAGAACGCCUAUCAGUCGCUUCAAGAGGCGGAGCGCGAAUGGCGGGGUCAAAGGUCGUACGAGUCGACCACCAUGCAUGACCUGGCGCGCGCCUUCAACGCCACGUUUAGGCAACUGUGUCAGCACGGAAGCGGGACGCUGUGCACUCUUUAUUCGGCCCUGUCGACAGCCAGGGUGUCGACGGCCGUGCUGCAGACGAUACUGCAGUUGCUGACCGCCCGGACGCCUGCCAUAGCUGACAAGGUUCAGGCGUCCGGUGCGUCUUCAACUUCUUCUUCGUCGUCCUCCGGUUCCGCCACUUCCGGUUCGUCAUCGUCGUCGUCUUCCAGCGGAAGCGGAAGCGGAACCCAGAGCAACUUGCUCAACAUGCUCACCUACGCGGCUGACAUCAUCAACGCCAUCAGUCCGGACGCCACGGCCACGACUCCUGCUCCUCCCAUAGUCAACAGGUCGCCGUUGACGCAGGUGCUCUCUGCACUGACCGGAGCCACGGGUACGGUCGCGUCGGCUACCAGUCCCCUAGUGACCGUCCUUGACCUGAUGACCAGCGACAGCUCGCCCAUCAAGCUGCUGGCCAACGUGUACAGUAGCACGCGCAAGAAGUCCAAGCCUAGCGACUCGGCGCAGCAGUCGAGCCUGGAGAACGACGUCGAGGGCCUGCCGCCCACCCCGUGUCCGUCGCUCGAGGAGUACGUCACGCCCACGUUCGCGCGCAACUACCAGGGCGUCUGGAAGUACGUGGUACAGAUACCGCACGAAGGGUACCUCACCCAGACCGUGCAGCAGACGAAGUGCAUGUCGAGCAGGUGCGACUUCGUCGACGGGGGCCUCUGCCACGAGUCCCCACGCUGGGUGAGCUUGUUGGUCGCCGAGAUCUUCUACCCUCACGCCGUGUUCCCCACGACCUCUCCGCAGCGACGCCGAGCUCCUCAUCCGGGGGCUCCAUUGCAGGCGCAGUCUCCUUACUAUCCUCACCCGCAGCAGAUGCUUCAACAGCCUCCGCCGCCUCCACCGGUGGGCGACUUCCACGCCUUCCAGCAGUACUUACACCGCCGUGUGGGCGCCGAUCAGCAGCAGCAACAGCAGCAGCAACAGCAAACGUUGUCGGUGGAGAAGCAGCGAUCUCAGCAGGAACAGCGACCGCCGCAGCAGGCACAGGUCAAGAGGCGUAACGACGUCUCGCCGGCGGGUCCCAGGGCUGCGGCGAGGUCCCGGACGUCGGCGUCUUCGUCCAAGGACAAGUGCGACGGCUACGAUCACGUCGGCUGCUACAUCGUGCGCAUGUACUACGACUGGUUCCUCGUCAACGGCUCGUGCAAGUGCUGGAAGCCCAGCUCGAAGCACGUCUUCACGGCGGGACGUCGCCGGUGAGGGCGUGUAGUACCGCCUUG